CUGCUAGCAAAAAUAUUUUUUGGCGCUCUAGGUGCGGUCACAUCAAACCUAAUUUAAGAUAAGUUUUCCAAAAAUAUAAAUAUAAAUAAGCUCUAGGAAAGUUAUGUCCAGCAAUCAGGAUGAGCGGAUUGCUAAAUGAAAUCCAACGGAUCCUCGGAGAAAUUCAGUCUGGGAAGUCGGCCAGCCGAAACAAGGGAAUCGAACAGUUGGACGAAAAGCUGUCCAAUUGCAGGGAGGAUCUUAAUACCUUAUUUCUGAACAAAAAAAGUGAUUUGUCGUGGUCUACGAUUUUUGAGACCUCCAAAGAGGCACUCUUCAAGCAUGCAGGAAACUUGGAAGAGGCGAACGAAAAGUCCUACAAGACCUUGACGGGAAAAACCUAUUUAUACGACAAUGUGAUCGAAAAGAUCACCCGAUUCAACCUGGAAGCUGGAAUGCAAACCUCUGGAAACGGGCACUUUCUGGCCAAGACGACCAUCUUCACUGCAUUCGAGGAGGGCAUUAAAAUGCGAGUGGUGGUGAAGCACUUUGGAUGUUGCAUUCUUAGUCUGGUGGACAGAGGCAUAUACUCCUCGGCCAGCUAUGUGCGCGAUCUGAAGAUCAAUGAGUACAGUCGCAUUCUCUCUUACCUUUUCGAGCUGAACGUGGGCAAGGAUGAGUUCCUGCGAACUAGGAUAUUGAAAUGCAUCGUCAAGACGGUUACUUUGGCCCGGGAACGUGUUCAGUUGCAUGUAGAUCUAGUGGAAUAUCUCCCAGAGCUAAGCAAUUUUGCAAGCUCGGCAAUGGGAGCUAGAAAAAUAGAUAUUGUUCGACUCUAUUUGAUAUUCGCAUCGGAGCUUUCGGUUAACUACCAUCAUCAACUGUGCAUCCACAUGCAGGAGAUUCUGCCUAAACUAUGCACGUUUUAUGACGAGGAUGUAUUCCGCGACGACACUCGAAACCUUUUCUUUGAGUGCAUCACUGUGUCGCUUAAGUCGCUGUAUCCCAACCUGAACUUGUGUGAUUUUAAUACCCUUGGGGUGCCUCUUCAUGAAAAGUGGGCGAAAACUUUACUGCGAUUAAAAACCAUUGUCAACAUGGAAAUCCGUAAAAACUCAUUGGCUCGCUACAAAGCACACACACAAUUGUGCAAUGACAAGUUUUCAGAGCAAUUCCUCAAGAUGUCAGCCCUAACCAUGUAUAUCGUACUGUGGAACUUAGAAGCGAAAAACCCCGAUGAAAAUGCAGAAGACGAUGUUCCGAAAAAAGUACCAAAACCUGCAGACAAAUUGGAAGUUAUAUUUGACCUGAUUGAUAAGAAGGAAGUCACCUUUAAUGACGUUUGGUUUGCCAUCUUCACCGAAUUGCUACAGCUGAGCGACGUGAUCCUGAAUAUGGCCAACUAUCAGCAGGCGUUAACAACAGUGGCCGAAAUAUUGCUAAUGUACGGUAAUGCCAAGAAUCUCAGAAAUCUACGUCUGUGUUUGGCUACGCUGCUCAAGAAGGAACAGGAGCUCCUAAAGUCCAAAUCCAUACACGAGGACUUUUUGGGGGAACUUUGGAGCAAGAUGGCGAACCAUCUAAUAUCGGAGACUACCACCAACAGCGAAGAGAUCAAGGAAAAACAAUUGAUGUUGCAAAUGCUGAUCAGACAUAACAAAUUGAAUCAGAAGAUGUCCACCAGCUUACUGCACGUCAUCACAUCCAACGAGAUGCUGAAACGCAAUGAGUGUUUCGCCACAAUUCGUGAGAUAUUUAUACAUGCAGACAAGUGUGAACUGGACAAGGCCUCCGCGGAUCUGGAGCCCAUUAUAGCGUGGGCCUACGGCAGUGGCGACCGAAACAGUGCCGCUCAAUUGAUACAUAAUAUAGCCAGCAUCGAUGUGCAUCUACAGGCAGACACCUUUGCCAUCGGCAUCAUCAACUUUCUGGACGAGCAGCAGCUGCAAGAGAUGGGAAAUACAGAAGAAGUUUGCAACAACCACAACCUCUUGGCCUACAAAUACAAUAAGCAGCUGAUAUGCCUGAACAAGGAUUACGCUGCUCCCUUUGUCUCAAUCGCCCAGCUGCAGAGCGAAACAAAGAACUGUCUGUUUCAGAGCAAUUAUGAGUGCCUUAUGCGAGCCCUUAACUUUGAAAUUGCUAAAGAGAACAGUCCAGCUGCUAUUUUGAAGAACCUAAACAUCUUGCUGAGAUUGACCAGCACUAUGGAAAGACUUUUGUACUACAAGGUUUUUGAUGGGGAGAAUUUUACUGGUUGUCCUUUGAUCAAGAGAAUUGGCCUGUUCCUCAGCCACAUUGAGUUUCAGUACAAAGCGAUUAGUUCGGAAAUGUUAGAUGAAAGUGAUUUGCGCGAGAUUUUAAGGCUACAAAUAGACGUACUUGGUGUAUUCAAAACGAACUCGGAUCUACUUAAUUACUUGGACAGACAACCAAUAGAAAUGUUGGUGGAAUUCGUUGGCGCUGCUCUUAAGCUGCAUUGUAUGCAGAGGGAGAGAUCUGAAAAUGCGGAUCAUAUGCUCAUCACCCAUCAGUGCCUUAACAUUUUGGCAGGCUUGAGUGCCUGCAGUUCGCACCGGGAUGAAUCCUUUAGCCACAUAACGAAGGUGAUCAUGCGAUGGCAGCCCCAAGAUGUGAUUAUAGUGACAAAGAUGUUGUGCAGCUGCCAAACAAUAUCGGAUGCAUCCAGCACUUGGUUAGUAAGCAAACUGAAGACAGUUUUCCAGAAUCAUUAUCAGGAUUUGGACAUCAUGGAACAAGUGGUUGACCACCUGCCAACGAUUUUCCGCUUUGUACAUAAAACUGAACAAGACUUGGACGACAUGCUAAUGGCACUUUUCUCCCUGCUAAAAAUUGCUCUUAAAAAGUCCUACACGUCUCAUUUAACCGCGAAUAUUGUUCGCUGUGUGGGUUUGGUUGCUCAGCAAUGUCCCGACAUUUAUCUUCAAGAAAAUUUUUCUGUGAUAUGCAAAUCCACUGCAAAAUUCAUCACCAUGCCCACUUUGGAAGUACGUUUUGCUACACUCUUUACAUUCACCAUUCUCCUGAAAACGAACUGUGUGGCUAGCGACGUCAUUGGACAUUCACAAACUCACUGGGACUUCUGCCAGGAGCUCUACGACAGCAUUGAGUUCAAGAAACUAGCGGUGGAAAGCGGAGAGGAUGCUUUUCAGAAUAGCAACGCGCUGAUAAUUCAAAUGCUUAUUGCCUUUUUUGUGCGCAGCUCCUUCCACCAAGAGAUUGCUUUAAAUGAGCUACUCCGUUACUGCGCAGUUCGCAGGCUAACAGAAUCGGAGUUUAUUUCCCUGCAAAGUACGGUUCCCUGCUAUGGACAAACUGUGCGCGAUCUUAUCCAGCCCUUUGCCAGCAUUCUGCUUCACAAGUGGAGCUCUCAGCACUGGCCUAUUUCCAAGUUUCCCUAUUUUCUGUGCUAUGAAAGAAAACGUCAGUUUCGUCGAGAACAUGCUAGUGAAGUUAUGGCUUACACAUUCCUCUAUGGCAAAACGGAAGACAUAGAAAAAUGUAGCAAAUCAAACAGCGAAGAGUUGGCCCUUCCCAUAUUGGCUUCAUUUUUACUGCCCAAGAAUUGCCUUUGCAACGAAAGCAAGGGCAACGACUUUAAAGAAAACCAUCAGCUUCUGUCGGAGAACCUUAGAUACUCCCAACUUAAUGCUACAGAUGUGGAUGUAAAUGUGGACACACUUUGCUGCGUGAUUAGUUUCUUACAUGACCCAAAGGAAAUUAGGAGGCUGUUCGGCUCUUCUGUAACGUUUUGUGGAAUUUCCAGCUGGUAUAAUCUUAGCGCAGAAUCUGUCUUUAAUUGCCUUAACCUGCAUAUUGAUCCCAACAACAAUUCCUCGCAGGACAGUCGAAUUCAGUCUAUGGCCACGCUUCAAAUCAAACAUCCCGGUUUAUUGGUCGAUUUAUUUGGACGCUUGAAAGCCAAUUGCUUCACAGCUAGCUUUUCCAGUCAGGCCAUGAAUGAUUUUUUUCACUAUUGCGAAAUUGCUGAUGCUGUCUAUGAUGCAUUCCAAAACCAGGAAAAGAAGAAUCAACAAUGUUCCUACUUUGUUUGCGACAUUUGGUUCUUUGUGGUUCGGUUUUUGAUGCACACCAAGUCCAGUCGGGUACAAAUGUGUGCUCUGAAUUUCCUCGAACUCUUAUUAAAUAAACCAAGACUUAGUUCGGAUGAGUUUUUAAAUCACUUGGGAGAUAUAACGAAACUGUUAAGCAGUUUUCAACUAGGCUGUGAAAGGGAAGAAGUAAAAUUUAAGACCAGAGCGAUUGCCUUACAGAUUUUGGAAUCGUACAAAAAGCAGAUAAACAUUAGGUUAUUUCUGGAAGAGACGACUGAUUGCGAAUUUCUUAAUCCACUGCGGCAGGAAUUUAUUUGUAGUCUGGCCAACUUCGACAAGGCGGAUGUGGCCAACAAUCUGCGCUCAUUUUUGAGGAGCCCCACCGCAGAGCGAUUGCGAGAUCUGAGAGAAUAUAUUGCCGAGCACAAGGAUCAAUUGCAAAAACAUGGAAAGCUUUUAUUUGAGGUCAUUAAUAGACUCAUUCAAAUGGCGCGAGAUUUCAGUAGCAAACAGAGCAGCUUGGAUGCCCUUAAAUGCCUGGCUCAAAUUGGACCGCUAAAGCUAGCAAACAUCUCCUACUAUUUCCAAACCGAUUUCGAAUCAUUUCAAGAGUCAGACGAUGAGCCAAUGCAAAUAUUCUUGAAAGCAGUCUGUGAGUCCUUGGAGAAGUCUCUUUUUCACUUCGAUCCAAAAACUCACGAAGCUUUGGUAUCCGUAGCCAUUCAGGUGGUUAAUAGCACCUCUGCAGCAAACAUUAUGGAUCAAUUUAAAAAUCUUAGAAUCUUUGUUGGGAUGCCAACAAAAUCGAGUUUUCUAACUUCUUAUAAGCAGAUAUCUCGCAUCGAUUGGUUGACUGCACUUAAAACCACAGAAAGCCUAGACUACGAACCUUGGAUGUGUGCCUUUGUUUCAAAAGUUUUCAAUGAGUGUGGUUGGCAGGGAUUCGAUGAUCUGGCUGCUAAGUCUUUUGCUUUUGCCAAGACCUGCCUGCAGCCUUUUAUUAAAGUUCUUUUGGAAAACGACCAGCAUCACAUGGAGAGUCUCUGCCAAAUGUUGGACUACUUUUUCGAAAGUUUCGCCAGCUCGGGAUCUUCGAACUCUCAGGACAUCUUCCACAAUAAAAGAGCCAUCAAAAAAUGUCUGCACAUAUGCGAGAGCAUACGAAUUUUUAAUAAUUGGACUAUUCCCGUCAAUCUGAGUAACGUGGUUAAGGCGAGCAAUCAUUGUCAGGCUUAUUUCUUAAGCAUUAUGUACAUGGAACUAUGGGCUUAUUCAGCCGAAGACAAGGAAAAACUCUUGGACAACGAAUCCUUUCAAGCUUGUGCCAAAGAGGCAUACGAGUCGAUAGGUUGUCUGGAUGCCAUUCCCGGUUUCGUGAACCCCAUGCGUUCCCGAUUGGAUUUUCUCGGCCGGAGUAGCAAUCUAUCCUCCAUCCUGUUGGAAUCUGAUCGCUUGGAUGGGGCCAGUAGUCAACUUUGCGUUGACAUUCUUAAAGGAAAUGGCUUGUGGUCUUUUGCCAAACUCCAGCAGCACCAGAGCCCUGAGCCCGAUUAUGAGGUCUUCUGGCGUCUGGGUCAAUGGGACUCACUCACAGACUCCAAGCAUCAGCAAGUUCAACCAAGGGCUAAAACUUCGCUCAAUCUAGAGCAGGAGUUUAAGCGGCAUCACUUCGUUGCCCUCCGGAGCAUUGGCCAGCGGGAGGAGGAGAACAGUCUGUCGGCCAUUGACAUGGCCUACAGCUGUGUGCGCAAUAUUCUGCUGGAGAUCAGCAUGGAGUGCUUGCAGAGUGUGUACAAAUAUCUGACUUGGCUUGGCUCACUUCAGCAAGCGGAGGACUUUUGUCAGAUCCAAUUUGGCAACCAACCUCAACCGGCACAGAUGACCCAGCUGUUUGGGAAAUGGCAAAAGGAAUUAGAACUCGAUUACGGCAACUUCUCUUGCAAGGAGUACGUCAUCGCCCAUCAGAUUGCUCUAUUUAAGAUAGCGGGAACGAGAGCCACUCGUCGGAUGGAGGAAUUUUACCAGAAAAAUCCCAUCGACACCUAUCUGCUUAAGGGAAUCGAGGAGUGUAAAGGCGCUGGCAAGUUAAACCUUGCAGCCAAGUAUAUCGGUACGCUUCACGACCUUCCGAACAUCUCGGAAUCUGCCAAGGUGUGCGUUCUUCUGGAAGAUGCUGAAGUUAGCCUGAAGAUGGGUCAUCAACAAAUAGCGAAAGCCAUCCUAGAGCACGUGGCAUUUCAUCAGGAGUUCGUACACUGCGUCCAACGAGUUCCUGCGCUGCGGAUGUGGGGGGAGCACCUGCUAGACUGCAAUGCCCAGUCCUUCAGUUCGGUGCAAAAUGGCUUGUUCAGCGCAUCGAUUAAGAUGAUUGAUGACUUUUUGCUGCACCGCAAGAAACUGAGCGAGAUGCACCCGAAAUCCUUUGAUUGGCAGCAACUGGAUACGUUCGCCGGUCAAAACCGGACGGCUGCCUAUGCAGCGUUGGCUAAGUAUGCGGAUCGGGAAUACCAGCAGCUGUACGACUACCGCCACUCGCAGGAAUACCAAACGCUGCAGGACAUUAUCGAGCAGAACCGCCAGACGGCUGAGAAGGUGACGCAGCGCGAGAACCAGGAUCGUCGCGUCAUCUCCAUGCAGAUGAAACGCUACGCCAGUUUGGAUGAGCGCCAACUGAAGCAUAUAGAGGAAAAGCUGACGGAGCACCUCUGUUUGGCGGUGCGCAAUCAUAUGGCAUACUGCCGACUGGAUAGCGGCUUCUCCAGCGCCGCCAUCUACCGCAUCAUCUCCCUGUGGUUCACCAACGCCGGCAACGAGCAGUUGCAGCAGAGCAUCAAGGAGGAGCUCCACACGGUGCCCAGUUACAAGUUCAUUUGUGCUGCCAACCAACUGACCGCACGGCUCAACACCAAAAACAUUAACCUACUUAAAGGACUGUGCGAGCUCCUGGUGCGCUGUGGCCAGGAUCAUCCGCAUCACACGUUCUACCAGCUGUAUCCGCUGGUGUUUGCCCACCUGGAUGGCGAGAACAGCAAUACGGAGCGAUCUGGCAUUGCUCGAAAGAUAAUUGCCAAGAUAUGCGAAAAGAAUCCAGCGGCGGCGGAAAGCAGCAAGCAGUUGGAGUCUGUGCUGCCAGCUCUAAUUACAUUUGCCAAUCAGGGCAAGACGGAUAAUAACCAACCGGUCUCGGACCCGGUGCGAUUUAAGCAAUUUGAGAAGGUGAGGCGUUGGCGGAAUCUCGACGCUGUGCACUGUCCCACGCUCGAGCUGCCCGUGAUGCCAAGCAAGGAGUACAAGAUUACAAGCGUUAUCAAGUGGAACAACGAGAUCAUGCAAUGCGGUGGACUGAAUGCUCCUGUCCGAGUAAUGUGCGUUUGCUCCGAUGGUCAGACUCGGGCGCAACUGGUCAAGGGAAAGGACGACUUACGUCAAGAUGCGGUGAUGCAGCAGGUGUUUGGUAUUGUAAACGAGCUGCUCAGACAGGACUCGGAGUUUAUCGAUCGCAAGCUAAAGUUGCGCACCUACAAGGUCACUCCGAUGUCCAUGCGUAGUGGCAUCCUGGAGUGGUGCACCAAUUCGACACCAGUGGGUCAUUAUCUGGUGGUAGAAGGAAAAGGAGGCGCACAUGCGCGAUAUCGUCCAAACGACUGGCCAAACAACAAGUGCCGAAAAUUGAGUAAUGACAAUCUGAAGGCCAACAGGGAAAGAAGAUAUUCCGUUUACAAACUAAUAUGCGAGCAUAUAAAACCAGUUUUUCACUAUUUCCUGCUGGAGAAGUUUCCCAUUCCGGGCGUGUGGUUCGAGAGACGUUUGGCCUACACCAACAGCGUGGCCACCACCUCGAUGGUGGGCUACGUUCUGGGAUUGGGCGACAGGCACACCCAAAACAUCCUUAUUGACCAGCAGACAGCCGAAGUCAUACAUAUUGAUUUUGGUAUUGCCUUUGAGCAGGGAAAAAUUCAAACAACGCCGGAGACCGUUCCCUUCCGGCUAACCCGCGACUUUGUGGCACCAAUGGGAAUAUGUGGCACGAAGGGAGUAUUCACUAAAUCCUGCGAAGCCACAAUGCAUAUUUUGCGGCAGUACAAGUCCGUUUUCAUCACCAUUCUUGAGGUUCUGCUCUACGAUCCACUUUUUAUUUGGGGCGUGCUCAAAAAGAAGCAAUCAAGCCAAUCCUCCCAACAAUCCAGCGAGGAAUCGGUUAAUCUGGUUGCCCAGCGUGCUCUGCUCCUGGUGCAGAACAAACUGGAGGGCAGGGAGGCGGGCACCCUUGGAGACUCCAACGUUGAGGCCCAAGUAGAGCGAUUGAUCAACGAAGCCACGCUGCCAACCAAUCUGUGCAUGCUCUUUUCCGGUUGGGACCCACAGCUCUAAUCCUAAGUACAUCACACUGAAAGUCCAGUUAUCAACUUCAAUAUACGUUUUUUAUGAUUUUGUAUCAAACUUGUUGCUUAAUAGCUUCAGUGGCAUUCCUUUAUAAGUUGUUUGUUCCGACAGCUGUUAUCGCAGCGGGAAACGCCCAAGUGGUAUAAAUUAUCUUGAUUUCUGAA